CCGCAGGCUGCAGAGGGACACAGAGGGACACAGAGGGACACCAGAGGGACACCAGAGGGACACCAGAGGGACACAGAGGACCCAAAUCUGUCCCAGAACCUCCCAGCUUCAUCAGGAUGGGACUGCUGAGUGUGGAAGAACUGGUGACCGGUAAGAGGUCAGAGGGCAAAGAGCCCAGAGACUUCCAGGGGGGCGAGUACGAGGCGGCCGUCAACCAGGAGAAGCGGGAUGACCGUCGGUCGCUCCAGGAGCUGCCGGGGGAAGGCGGAGCUUUGGAGGAGGAGGUCAGCGUGGUGGCUCUGAACACGGACAGAAGCGGGAGGCUGAAGCUGGAGACGGUGGACGAUCUGUUCAACAUCCUGCAGCUGAGGAAGAGGAGGAAGGAGAGGAAGUCUUCUGUGUUCAAGAAAACUGAACCAGAACCAGAGACAGUGCCAGAAACGGUGAAUGAGCAGCUGUUCCUCAUGGCGGUUAUGGAGAACAAACUUCCUGUGGUGGAGAAGUACCUGGCCGACGGAGGAAACCCAAACGCAGCCGAUAACUUUCAGAGAACUGCUCUGCACAAAGCUUCCUUCAAAGGACAUGUGGAGGUGAUGAGAAAACUUCUGGAGGCCGGCGCUGCCAUAGAGCAGAAAGACAAGCUGGAGGCCACAGCCGUCCAUUGGGCCUGCAGGGGAGGCAGCCUGCCAGCCCUGCAGCUCCUGCUCCACCAGGGAGCCAAGUUCACCAGCAGAGACAAGCUGCAGAGCACGCCUCUUCACGUCGCUGUGAGGACCGGACACUGCGAGUGCGCCGAGCAUCUGAUCCACUGUGGAGCCGACGUCAACGCCAGAGACAGAGACGGAGACACACCAAUGCACGAUGCUGUGAGGAUAAACCGAUUCAAGAUGAUCAAGCUGCUGAUGAUGUACGGCGCCAGCCUCAGCACCAAGAACAGCGAUGGAAAAACUCCAAUGGAGACGCUGUAUUCAUGGCAGAACGGAGCCAAGAGCCUGCUGUGUAACUUCAACGAGGAGAAGCCCUGAUGGCCUGGACUGUCUGCAGGAAACAGACGAUUCAGGGAUCUGAACCGGCAACCCUGCUGGCUCAGUA